AUGUUCUCACGCUCAGUAUUCCGGAGCCUAGCCGCUGAAUUGCGGUUGUCUGCUCCGCCCUCUAUUUCGUCUGCAGCUCCCCUUCGGCAACGAGCUUGCUUGCACCAAACUGCCCUGCUCCGAACACAGCAACAAGAAACCGAGACUCAAUCCUCCUCAUCAAAGCCCGAGUCACCAUUGAGUGCCACUCCUCGUGCGCAAUCGGCCCAGACCGAGACUCAGAACGCACCCAAGGUGCCGUCCUUCGACCCAUUCUCCUCCUCUUCCGUCCCUCAUACGCGCGCCGAUGUCCCGAUUGCCAAACAACCAGUCGCACCGAGCUUCGAUUCUCCCCUCGAGGUCACCAACUCUCUUAUGUCGCGCCUCCCGCACCUGGUGGGCCAAUCACCACACUACAUUGUCGCAGAGUUGCACGCCCGGCCAUACCUUUUGACGGAGGGUGACCACGUUCGUCUUCCUUUCCUCAUGCCCAAGGUCAAGGCCGGCGACAUUCUCCGCUUUAAUCGUGCCACCGCUCUUGGAUCGCGCGAUCUCACAAUGAAGGGCUCGCCCCACCUUGACGAACGUCUGUUCGAGUGCCGGGUUCGCGUGACGGGUGUCGAGUCGGAGCCCAUGCGUAUCAAGGAGAAGACGAAGCGGAGACAGCGACACAUCAAGCAGGCCCGGAGCAAGCACCGCUACACGAUCAUGCGGGUGAUGGAAGUUCGGGUGAAGACCCCUGAGGAGUUGUUGGAGGAGGGCGCCGUUGUCAUUGAGGAGAGUGAGGAUACACCUCAAAUUGAGGCUCGGUCAUGA